AUGAGGGGGUGUGUGUUUCUGCUGUGUGUGUGUUGGCUCUGCUGGAGGACGGAGGCUCAGGCCAAAAACUACCUGGUGACGGCUCCCAGCUCCUGGCGGGUGGACGCGGUGGAGACGGUGCUCCUGCAGCUCUUUGGUUUCUCACAGGAGGUCCAGGUCCACCUGUUCCUGAAGACCACCAUGGCCCCGAGCCACGUGGAGCUCGGCCGUGACGUCGUCACCCUCAACGCCCAGAACCAGUUCCAGGCCACGGCCAAACUGCGGAUCUUCCCAAGUGAGAUGGUGAGAGAACUGAGUCAUGUGAUCCUGCAUGUCCAAUCAGGAGAGAUCAACCAGCACCAGUCCAUCCCCAUCAGCCAGACUAACGGCUUCCUGUUCAUCCAGACCGACAAGCCGCUGUACACGCCGCUGCAGGCCGUCAAAGUGCGGGCCUUCUCCCUGAACGAGGAGUUGAGGCCGGCCAAUCGCAGCGUGUUCCUCACUUUCAGGGACCCAAAUUAUGAGACAGUGGACAUCGUGGAGAUGAUUGAUAUGAACAACGGGAUCCCCUCCAUGCAAAACCCCUUCAAGAUCCCCAUAAAACCAAAGUUGGGGUUGUGGUCGAUCGAAGCGUCCUACUCAAAGGAUUUCAGCACUACGGCCAGAGCGGACUUUGAAGUUAAAGAAUAUGUUCUUCCCAGCAUGACCAUCCUAGUGGAACCAGAAACCAGCUACAUCAGCUAUGGAAACUUCCAGCAGUUCAACUUCAAGAUCACUGCCAGGUAUGUCCAUGGCGCUCCAGUAGCUGAUGGCGAGGUGUUGGUACGCUAUGGUUACAUUAGUGGCAAGAAAUCUCCAGUUAUCAUCAAAAACUCUGUUACCGGAAAGCAGCUCUCCUCCACAGGUGAGGUGCAGAUGACUGUUAACCUUGAGGAGUUGCUGAUGAAUCAUGAUGGACCGAGAGACCUGAACAGUCUGGUGGACAAAUACCUGUACAUAGCCGUGCGGGUCCAGGAGCGCACAGGUGGGAUCUCCCAGGAGGCGGAGCUAGGUGCAGUGAAGUUUGUCAAAUCACCUUACAGCCUGAGCCUGGUGUCCACGCCCCCUUUCAUCAAACCUGGACUGCCUUAUAACAUCCAGGUCUUAGUGAGGGAUCACCUGGAAAAGCCGGUCAGCCGGAUACCUGUUAAUCUGGUGGAGGGGGAGCUGACCGGCCAGACGCCACAGAGCGGCAGUCUGCCCUGCACCUCCAGCGCCACCAGCCAAUCAGACGGCCUCGCUGUCUUCAUCUGCAACAUCCCGAAAGACACCAGCAAAGCAGUUCUGAAGUUUGAGACGGCAGAUGCUUCGCUCCCAUUGGCCAGUCAGGCCAGUCGGAGCCUCACGGCGGCGGCUUACUUCUCACCCAACCAGCGCUACCUCUACAUCGACCCGCCGUUCGCCGGGCGCGGCCUGGAGGUGGGGACUCGUGCGCAGAUCAAAGUUUACUCAGCCACACCUGCCUUUGUGUCCGUCAACGCUCUCAGCUUCCUGGUGCUGUCUAAAGGGAAGGUGGUGGAUUUCGGCACGCAGAGCUUCUCCGGCUCGAGCAGCCAGCUGGUGAUCAGCUUCGAUGUGACGGUUGCCAUGGUUCCCUCCAUCCGCCUGCUCGUCUACUACAUCCUGUCUGCAGAGGGGACGUCCGAGCUGGUGGCCGACUCGGUCUGGAUGGACGUCAGCGACUCCUGCGUCAACGGACUCGAGACUGGGCUGUCCUACAAUGGGCGGGAUCACAGGCCGAAGUCCAGCCUCAAGCUGAAUGUGCAGACCAAUCAGGACGGGCUGGUGGCUCUGUCCGCUGUAGACUCCGCCCUCCUAUCAUUAAGACCCAACUACAGAGACCCUGUCACCAUGGUUUUGCGGCACAUCGAGCGGAGCGACCGCGGCUGCGGCGGCGGCGGCGGCAAAGACAGCGCUGACGUCUUUCGGUUGGCCGGCCUCACCUUCAUGACCAACGCCAACGCCCACCCCUCACCCAGCGAUGAGGCAUGUACAGCGAUCGUGCGUUCAAAGCGAGCUCUGUCAGACGCUGAGAAGGUGAAGAUAGUGGAGUCGUUCGGCCGCCUGAAGCCGUGCUGCGAGGAGGGCAUGCGUCACAUCCCCCGCAGUGUGAGCUGCGAGCAGCUGGCCAAGCAGAAGUACUGGAGGUAUCCUCCUCCCUGCAUCGAGGCCUUCAAGCGCUGCUGCGAGCUCUACCAGAAGCACCUGGACCGCCACGCCGUCCUGGGACGCAACGAGAUGGGUGCUGACUUCGACGUGGCUCCCUCUCUGGUGCGGAGCUACUUUCCAGAGAGCUGGCUGUGGGAGGUGCAGCAGGCCAGGUCAGGCCGGCAUCCUAUCAGCAGGACUCUACCAGACUCUCUCACCACCUGGGAGAUACGAGCUGUCGGCAUGUUCAGGAACGGUGUGUGUGUUGCGGAGCCGGCGCGGGUGUCUGUCACUCUGCCGGUCAGUCUGGACGUCCCGCUGCCGUACCAGCUGGUCAGAGGAGAACAGCUGGAGCUGACAGGCUCAGUGUACAACCAAGAGCCAGACCGCAUCAAGUACUGCGUGACUCUGACCGUGGGCCCGGCCGUCUGCCUGCUCGGCUCCCAGCCGGCUCCAGGGGGCGCCGGGCUGCGCUCCACCGCCUGCGUCUGGAAAGACCUGGCUGGAGAGGGGGUCGCCGCCGUGUCCUUCACCCUGAUGGGCAUGGAGCCCGGAGAGCACACGCUCACCUUCAAACUGCAAACAAAGCAGGGAGGCCGGGACGUCCUGCAGAAGAAGCUACGAGUGGUGCCUGAAGGAGUGAGGACCGCCGUUUUCUCUGGAGGGAAACUCGACCCACAGGGCAUCUACGGCUCAGAGAAGAGGCAGGUGGAGCUGAAGAACACCCUGCCUGCUAACCUGGUCCCUCACUCGCCCGUGGAGAGGCAGCUCACCAUCAACGGCGAGGUGCUGGGUGAUGUCCUGUCGAUUUUGGACGACCCCGACGGCCUCCGGCAGCUCAUCAACCUGCCCCCGGGGUCGGUGGAGGCGGAGCUUGCCGGGCUCCUCCCCCUCUUGUACGUCUACAAAUACCUGGAGACGACGAGCCGCUGGGACGUCCUGGGAGAGAACGUCCAGAAGAACGCUGACGAGCUCCGCAGGAAGAUCAAGGACGGCGUGGUCAGUAUUUACUCGUUCAGAAGCAGCUUAGACUCGAGCUACUCCGUGCCCACACAGCAGAGGCAGCAGGCCUACAGCAUGUGGAGGAACAGGGAGCCGUGCACGUGGCUCACAGCUCUGGUGGUGAGGACUCUGGCUCUGGCAGAUGAGCUGGUCUCAGUGGAUCAUCAGUCUCUGUCCCAGUCGCUCUUCUGGCUGAUUCACAGCGCGCAGCAGCCCAACGGCUCCUUCAUCGAGAAGUCCUCCUUCAGACCCAACAAAGUCAUGGCGGCGGGGUCGGACCCCACAGAGCAGGCGGUGUACCUGACGUCCUUCGUGCUGAUUGGCUUAAACAGAGCCACCAAGAUCAGAGACCCCAUCCUGCAGCUCAAGUCCCACGACGACAGUAUGAAUUUAGCAGCGGACUACAUUUCCCAGCAUGCUCCGGGGGUCCAGAGUGUGUACGUGCGUGCGGUGGCGACUUACGCUCUGACGCUCCACGACCCGCACAGCUCGACGGCGGCCCAGCUGCUCACCGACAUGGAGAACCUGGCUCGUCAGAAAGGACACCCCCCUGUGCUCAGGUACUGGCAGGAGUCCAGCGUGAAUGCUGAUUGGCUCAGACCGGACCAAUCGAGCGGCCUGACGGUGGAGACGACGGCGUACAUGCUGCUGACCUCGCUGCUCAAGGGGCGGUUUCAAUACGCCAACCCCAUCCUGAGCUGGCUGACCCAGGACCAGCACUACGGAGAGGGCUUCCACUCCACACAGGACACGGCUCUGACCCUGGAGGCGGUGGUGGCGUACAGCGGCGUGGCUCCCCGGGCGCUCCUCGACCUGAGCAUCCUGGUGCGUUACAGGAGGAAAGGCUCGCUGGCCGACGUGGAGCUGAGCCAGAGCCGGCCCGUGGCCACGCCCAUCCAGGUGACGAAGGACGAUUACAUCACGGCGUCGACGGGCUUCGGAAAGGGCGUGUCCAACGUCAAGCUGAAGACGGUUUACUACCAAACCACCUCGUCCAGUCAGAACUGCAACUUCGACAUCAGCAUCGAGCUGGUCGCCCAGAACCCAUCAGCCAGUACGACCUCUCCCAACAUGCGGUUUCCUCACCUGGUCGCCUGUGCAAAGUACAAGCCUCCUCCUAACGAGGUGCAGACAGAGUCCAGUCUGACUGUGAUGAAGAUCCAGCUGCCAACAGGAGUGCAGCCUUACCUGGACGACCUGAGACAGUUCAGAGACGGGAUGGAGCCCAUCAUCUCCCACUAUGAACUCCAGGGAAGCACUGUGGUGAUCCAGAUGGACUAUGUGCCUGCGGCGGAGUUCAUGUGUGUGGGUUUCCGGGUGUGGACGGAGUUCAGGGUCAGCGCUGCCGGUGAUUCUCUGUUCAGCGUCUAUGAGCCUCAGGACCGAGGAAGCAUGUGCACCAAGCAGUUCUCCUACCAGGAGCAGAAGCUGCAGCGCGUCUGUGUGGCUGAACAGUGCCAGUGCAUGACAGCCGCCUGCGCUUCAUACAGGGGAAACAUCGACUCGAGUCUCACAGCAGCCAAACACACCGAGGAGACCUGCAGAGCUCACAUCAAGUAUGCCUACAAGGUGACGGUUAAGUCUUCGGCCGCAGAGGGAGACUUUAUGACCUACACAGCCACCGUAGCUGAGGUCCUGAAGAACACAGAUAAAGAGCUGGAGGCGGUGAGUUCAGGGACAGAAGUGGAGCUGGUAAAGAAGGCCACCUGCAGCUCAGUGGAGAUCCAGAACAAUAACCAGUACCUGGUGAUGGGAGCCAGCGGGUCCGAGAUCGCACUCGGCCACAGCUUCAAGUACCGUCUUGCUCUGGACUCGGAUGCGCUGGUGGAGCUGUGGCCCACAGACUGCAGCACUCCCGAGUGUCUGGACUACAUCAACCAGCUGGACGACUUCGCUCUGGACAUGCAGCUGUCCGGCUGCCCCGGCUCAGCGUGACGCCUGCAGGCCGCACGUCCUCAAGGAGCGUCCCGCCCAAAGUUUACAGAGAGCUUUACUGACAAAAAAUAGACAUGAAAAUCAAAAUACAGUUUGUCAGGAAACAUCAGGGGCGACUGAAGCGCUGAAAGUAUAAAAUGUACUGAGGAAGUAAAAUGUAGAUAAAAAGUGUUUACUUUCAGAAGUGGUGUAGUCGCUACAAUCCAUCAUU